UCAAGGCGUGCGCAGAGAACACCCGGAUCGCGAUGGAGGCGUCCAACGACAACGUGAGCGCUGCCCCCACGCUCUGCGCCGAGGGCUGCGGCUUCUUCGGCAACCCGCAGACCAUGGGGAUGUGCUCGAAGUGCUACAAAUACAAGGUCGCCAAGGAGGCAAAGGCGGCGCCCGCGGCAGCUGCAGCUGCGCCUCCGGCCGAGUCCGCGACGCCGAUGGCCGUGUGUCCCGCGCCGAGCGUGGCGGUGCCGUCGGCUGCUGCAGCCACCCUCACGCCUCCGCCGGCCGCCCCGCCGGCCGCCGCCGCCAGCUCUGCCGCCGCCCCCGGCGGAGCGGCGGCUGCCGCAGCCUCAGCGCCACCUGAGGCUGCCGCAGCCUCAGCGCCACCUGAGGCUGCCGCUGCUGCGGUCUGCCUGCCGGCCGACGCGCCCGCCGACGAGGGCGAGCCGUCCAAGCCGGUGCAGACCAACACCUCGCGUUGCUGGACCUGCAACAAGAAGAUAGGCUUGCUCGGCUUCCAGUGCAAAUGCGAGUACUUCUUCUGCGCGGGCCACCGCGCGUCGGACAAGCACGAGUGCGCGUUCGACUACAAGGCGAUGGGGAAGCAGCAACUGACCCAGGCCAACCCGACCAUCACGCCGGAGAAGCUGCAGGGCUUCUGAGCGCCCAGCCGUGCCGACGUAGUGCGCGUCGAACGGCCGCGUGGUUUUAGUGUGAGGGAGUGGGUUGCUGUGAGCGACGCGGCGCUGCUGUGGCAGGCCCAGUGCGGGCCUUAUGGACGGGCAAGGGCUGGGGGCGUAAUCCCUGGCCUCCCUCCGCCGCUGCCUGGCUAGCCCGUCGCGCGUGUACCAUCCCAUCGUCUGUGGGGCGUGCGCCGCCGGGGGCUCCUGGAGCUCCCCCGCCGAUCCCCCGUCCUGCUCCCUCGCCCGACACCGAGCCUUGUUCCCAUCCUCAGCUCUCCGCGCCCAGCGUGCACCGCCAUGUACCGAUCAAGGGCAGGGUUUUGCAAUGGUUGAAUGUAACACGUGCGUUAAAACGCGCGAACGGUGUUUUGGCUUCGCUCUCGUCGUUGUCUCUGUCCACACCAAAAUCGCAAAAAA